CUCUGGGGAUCCAUUCUCCUUUACAAAUCCUUCUUCUCUCUUCUCCUCUCCUCUCCCACCCUCAACGACCCAAAGUCCAUUCAAAAAUCUCCCGCCAACCUCCUCUCUGCCAUUCCCCCGGCAAAACCGGCUACUCCCGGUAGCCACCCUCCCCCUUCCAGUUGCGCCACCCGGAAAAAGCCUAACUUUCCCCCUUCCCUCUCCAUUCCUUCGUAUCCUCGCAUCACGGCGACUCGCCGACGCCAAUCCACGCGGGCGAACCAAACCUUUUUUUCUUUCCUUCCAUUUUUAGUCCAUUCUCUCCUUCCCUUCUCCUUCGAGCGCGUUCGCCUUCUCUCCGCGCCUCGAUCGAUCCGCUGCUUAGGGUUUUGGCCGAUAGAUGGGCCGGCGUUGAGGUCUAGGCUUUGACAUCGGGUCUUCGAUUAGGUUCGGGGAGCGGCGGCGACCAUGAGCGCCGUGAACAUCACCAACGUCACCGUACUGGACAACCCGGCGCCGUUCCUCAACCCUUUCCAGUUCGAGAUCUCGUACGAGUGCUUGGUCCCUCUCGAAGAUGAUUUGGAAUGGAAGCUCAUAUAUGUAGGGUCUGCAGAGGAUGAGACCUAUGAUCAGCUCCUUGAGAGUGUGCUUGUUGGUCCUGUCAAUGUUGGGAACUACCGUUUUGUAUUCCAGGCAGACCCACCAGACCCAAUGAAGAUUUGUGAAGAAGACAUCAUAGGUGUGACAGUGCUGCUUCUGACUUGCUCCUAUUUAGGGCAGGAGUUCAUCAGAGUAGGCUACUAUGUGAACAAUGACUAUGAUGAUGAACAGCUAAGAGAAGAACCACCACCAAGGGUUUUAAUUGACAGAGUUCAGAGAAAUAUCCUGGCUGACAAGCCCCGUGUCACUAAGUUCCCUAUCAAUUUCCAUCCUGAAACCAGUGAAAGUGGUGGCCAGCAGCAGCCACCGCCGCCUACCAUGUCUGAAAACCAUGCCAGUGAUGAGCCACAGCUUGAUCAGCCUCCAAAAUGAGUUUUUUUAUUAAUGUAAAGGGAGAGGGUCCGAAACAAUUCGGACAAGGCUUGAUGGUUAUGGUCAUGGUAAGGUGAAAAGUUGCAAGUGCUUAACCUAACUGGAUCUUUGUAGAAUUAGAAUUGUUCUGGUGGGUUGUGAGCAUGCUAUUCCAGCUUAACUGGCUUUCAUGAUGCAAAAAUUUAUGCCCUACUUGAAUGUCAGGUGCACUCUAAGUGAUCCUUAUGCGCUGGUUAAGCAUGAUUUUGGUGUCUGCUGGAACUCUUGCUUGUUGUGUCGAAGUGUUUCAGAGAUGUUUUAAGGAACUCUUGUGAUUAUGGUACCCUUGAGCCCAAUGUCAUGACUAACGAUUUCAUUCAAUUUAUAUAGCAUGCCUCCUGUUUAAACUUUA